AUGGCAUCCAGUUCGGAUGAAGGCGAAAUCAUUGAGGAGGGACAAGGGGACUUGAAGGCAACUUCACUUGCACGCCAUUCAGGAAACGGUAUUGACCGCCAAGACAGAAACCGAAGUAGACAAUCGUCUCCAGACCACGACUCUGCUUCCAGAUACAGCGGCUCUUCCCGCCGAAGUCGCUCCCCCCGCGGAUUCAAACGGACUCGUGACGAUGGAGAGCAAUACGGCCGUGGUCGAGAUCGUGACUCCAGGCAUGUUCGCGCUCGUUUCGAUGAUCCCCGCAGAAGUGACUACCGAAGGUCGCGCGUCUCUUACGACGAUCUAGAUCGACCGAAUGCUCAAUCUUCAAGCAAUUACGAUCGACGCUACAACGGCGACAGAGAGCGCCCUCGAGUCCGUUCUCGAAGUCGCGACAGAGAUCGUGGACGAGAUGAUUCGCGGUUCUCCGACAGGCCUGGUCGGCCCAGAAGUCGAUCCCCUCAUACAUUUCAGCGGUCGGGUAGGUCAGAUAAUGGAAAUUUUGCACGGGGGAGGCAAAAUCACGAUCGCGACUCAGCCAGAUCACUACAGUACGAUGACGACCCCCGUUCUCGGCGUAACAACGAUGUGUCCCAACGCCUUCCAGUAAAGGAUCCCUUGCCUGCCCGAAAUAACAUCGUUGAACAGCAGAAGGAGUCUCCAAAGAGUAUUCUAAAACAGAGCACCACUUUUACAGAACCUGACGACGACUAUGAAGAGCCGCAACAGAUCGACGAGGACGCCGAGAUUGAGCGUCGUCGACGCCGCCGCGAAGAAUUGCUGGCAAAAUCUAGUUCUGCGACGCCGCUUCUCCUCCACGCUGUCGGUGCAGCCGCAGAUAGGAGUGCUCGAGGGGCUUCCCCAGCAUCCACACAGCCAGAGACGCCUCAAAUGUCAUCGUUCGAGUGUGAAACCCCUCGUACGCCUCGAUCCGAUUUUGCGUCUCCCCGUUCGCCCGAACCGUCGCCAGGUGGAAUCAACAUGCUCAACGACAAGGAACUUAUGAACACUCAUAGCAUUGCCAAAGCUGAUGAAGAGGAUGGGCCGUCAGCGGCUGACUACGAUCCUACUGCGGACAUGAAGGAAGAUGAACGCCGAGACGAGCUCAGACACGGCCAUACGGUAUUACAUGGUGAGAGCAUAGCCGAGACGAUCGAAACCAAAGGAGAUAAUGGCGCUCAAGACGACUCUACGGCCAAUGCUGGCGAGAAAGCUGACGACGAUGAAUUUGACAUGUUUGCCGACGAUAUUGACGUUGACAAUUAUGCUAGCAAGCAUACCAAAGCUGUUCGCGGCCAAGAUGGUUCCGCUCAAGCUUCACAAGCCGACGACAAAGGUGGCAUUCUCGAAGGCGACGAUAAAGACGGAUAUUACAAAAUCAGAAUUGGUGAGAUACUUGAUGGCCGAUAUCAAGUGCAAGCAACCCUCGGAAGAGGCAUGUUUUCCGGUGUUGCUCGAGCAGUUGAUAUCAAUACCAAACAAGUAGUGGCUAUCAAGAUGAUGCGAAACAAUGAUGCUUUACGAAAAGGCGGAUACACCGAGAUUGCCAUCUUGCAGAAGCUUAACGAUGCUGAUCCAGAAAACCGGAAGCACAUCGUCAAGUUCGAGCGACACUUUGACUAUCGCGGUCACCUGUGCAUGGCCUUUGAAAAUCUCAGCAUGAAUCUGCGCGAGGUGUUGCGCAAAUUCGGUAACAACGUGGGCAUAAACCUAGGGGCAACGAGGACAUACGCAUAUCAGAUCUUCGUUUCAUUAGCCCACAUGCGGAAAUGCAGUAUUGUCCAUGCUGAUCUCAAGCCGGAUAAUAUUCUGGUCAAUGAACAACGCAAUGUUCUCAAGAUUUGCGAUUUGGGCACGGCUAUUGAUAGAUCCGAUGCUGCAACAGCACAUAAUCAGAUUACGCCAUACUUGGUCAGUCGAUUCUACCGCGCACCAGAGAUUAUCUUGGGUAUGCCUUACGAUUAUGGGGUUGAUAUGUGGUCCAUCGGGUGCACUCUUUACGAGCUGUACACGGGCAAGAUUCUGUUCACCGGCGACAGUAACAAUCAGAUGCUCAAAGCGAUCAUGGAGAUCCGCGGCCGUCUCACUCCGAAGCUGUUUCGUCGCGGUCAGCUGUCAGCUGCACAUUUUGACGAACAGGGCCAGUUUGUGAGUGUCGAGCGCGACAAGGUCUUGGGAAAGACUGCCGUCAGAACGCUGGCCGUUGUGAGGCCAACGCGAGAUUUGCGUACCCGCCUAAAUGCCGCAUCGACAGGGAUGAACGAUGCUGAGGCCAGGCAUCUCAAUCACUUCAUCGACUUGUUGGAACAAUGCCUCGCGCUGAACCCAGACAAGAGGAUUACACCGAGUGAGGCGUUGAAGCAUCCAUUUUUCGCCUCCAAGACGUCAGCAACCAACGGGAGGCGUUGA